AUGAAGCUUAAGGACAUAAAGGAAGAGGUACAAAAGAAGUCAAAUGUGGGGGUCAAUAAGACCAAAACCAUAAGAGCUAGGUUUGUAGCUAGAGACAUGGUUGAUGGGUCUUUCUUAGGGGAUUGUAUAAGGAUUUAUGACUAUUGCCAUGAGUUAUUAAGAUCAAACCCAGGGUCAAGUGUAAAACUGAAUGUUCAACCUACACAAGAAGCCAUAGGUAGAGAUAUUAAUGAUCAAAUGCUACCAAUAGCAUUUGCAGUAGUGGAGAGUGAAAACAAGGAUAAUUGGACAUGGUUCUUGGAGUUGUUUAUUGAUGACCUCGGUGGAAGAGAAGAGUGCCUCACAUACAUUUUUAUUUUUGAUCAACAAAAGAGUUAUCAUGUUAUAAUUUUGAUGACUUAUCGGUUAUUGCAUGCAAUAGAUGAAUUGGUGCCUAGAGUUGAACAAAGUGUUAUCCUGGAGUCUAGGGCCAAGCCAUUGAUAACCAUGAUGGAAGAAAUAUGGAUAUACAUGAUGGAGAGAUGGGCUACAAAUAGAUUGAGGUUUCAAAAAUUGGCAUAUGUUGAAGUUUUACCAAACAUUAGAAGGAAAAUUGAGAAAACAAGUCCAUACACAAACUUAUGGCUUGCCAGGAUGUUUGAUGAGCAUAUCUUUGAAGUGAGGCAUCUAGAAAACUCUACAGAAAAAUUUAUAGUCAACUUGAAGAGUAGGAACCAUAAGGUUGAUUACUAUAUCCCUGAGUAUUAUAUGAAAUCAAGAUAUAUGGAAGCUUACAAACCUGUAAUUCUUCCUGUUAAUGGCUCUAAUCUAGGGGUAAGAAUAGAGUAUCCUGAUGUUCUGCCCCUAAAGUAUAGGAAAAUUCCUGAAAGGCCAAAAAAGAGGAGGAAUUUAGAGCAAAGUGAGAUUGAUGGCUCUGAUAGAAAGAUGAGAAGAAAUGGAUUCAAUGUCAAGUGUAGUAGAUGUAAGAAAGAAGGUCACAACAAGCUUAUUUGCAAGGUUCCUACUCAAGCAUCCCAACAAGUUCCUAGUCAAACAUCCCAACAAGUUCCUAGUCAAACAUCCCAACAAACAUCACAACAAGCACCCAACCAAGUGACUCAAAAAUCCAAGCAAGUGACUCAACAAUCCAAGAAGUUACUAGUCAGAAGAUCAACUACACCUUUUAUACCACCUGGUCCAACAACUAGGUUAAAUGUAGCCAAAACUAUUGGUGGUCCAACACCAAGAAGGACAACACUUAUUAAGAGAUCCACACCAAUUCGGAAAAUUUUGUUUAGUGUUAGAGCCGUUGAUUAG